GCGCCCAUUGGCUGCGUGGCUGGCUGGCGGUGGCCGCGGGCAACUUCGGGAACUCCUCCUCGUGUCGCCUCGCUGAAGCAGCCGCCACGAUCUUCUACAUCGCGACGAUUGUUUUAGUUUAUUUUUUGCUGCGUUGCCGCCACGGGACGCGUGGAUAUUGACAGUGGACUGCUGUCAAGAUGAGCGAGUUUCGCAUCCACCACGAUGUGAAUGAGCUGCUGAGCCUCCUGCGUGUGCGUGGAGGGGAUGGCGCUGAGGUCUACAUCGACCUACUGCUCAAGAACCGCACGCCCUACGUCACUACUUCUGUGUCCACGCACAACGCCAAGGUUAAAAUAGCAGAAUUCACGUCUACCCCUCAAGAAUUUCUAAAGAGGUAUGAGGAGCUGAAAUCACGCAAUGUCAGACAUCUGGACCCGUUGGUGUACCUGCUGUCAAAGCUCACUGAAGACAAAGAGACGCUGCAGUACCUACAGCAGAACCAAGCUGAAAAGGCAGCUGCGGAGGCAGCUUCCAACGUGACGACCACCACCACCGUGACACUGCCAACGACCACCAGCAAGAUGUCCUUGCAAGAGCUGGAGGAGCUGCGCAAACAGCUGGGCAGCAUCGCGUCCAGUAGCAGCUCACAGCAGCUGGUGUCCUUAGAGACGGUGCGAAAGUUGCUGAGAGAGAAGCACAACAAACGCAACCCCGGCCAGCCGAUCCCUCAAUUCCCUUCGUGGGUAUAUGACCGGCCUGCCCUCACAGAGGACUUCAUGCCUGGCCCUGGUGCCCCGCCUGAUCCCGCUGUACCUGUUGGAACGCUGCCCCUUUCCAUCCAAGAGCAGGUGAUAGUAGAGGACCUGCUGUGGCUGCUGAUCGGCAUAGAUGGCAAGUACGUGACGUCGCGGCCGCUGGCUGACCGCUUGACAACACGCACUUUCUCCAUCGACCCAAGCCUGGAUGUGUCUGUGCGUGAGCUGCUCAACCGAAUUCUGCCCAUGGCCGCUGACUACUCCGCCAUCAUGCGGUUCAUAGAGGAGAAGGAGUCUUUUGAGUAUGGGCAGGUAAACCAUGCGCUGUGCGCUGCCAUGCGUGUACUGCUCAAGGAGUACCUCAUCCUCGUUACGCAGCUCGAGCAUCUGCACAGACAGGGCGUCUUGUCGCUGCAAAAGCUGUGGUUCUACAUCCAACCCACCAUGAGGACCAUGGAGAUUCUCGCCUCCAUAGCACUGGCUGUGGACAAGGGCGAGUGCAUGGGCGGUGCAACUGUGAGCCUGCUGCAUGAACGCACUUGCAACUACACCGGCGAUGCACAGGCACAGGAGCUGGGUCUCUACCUCACCAAGGCUGCCAGUGUGCCUUAUUUUGAGAUCUUGGAGAAGUGGAUAUAUCAAGGAGUCAUUCAGGACCCUUACAGUGAAUUCAUGGUAGAGGAGCACGAAUUGCAAAAGGAGCGAAUCCAGGAGGACUACAAUGACAAGUACUGGGACCAGCGCUAUACAGUGGUGCAGCAUCGUAUACCUGCCUUCCUGCAGAAGCUCACUGACAAGAUCCUCAGCACAGGCAAGUACCUGAAUGUGGUACGGGAGUGUGACCGGGAGGUGACUUGCCCAGAUGCCCAUGAGAUGGUUUACAGCCUGAAGGAGCGAGCCAAUGCGGAGCACGUUGAGAAGGCCUACAGCUAUGCCAGUAAGGUGCUGCUUGACUUUCUGAUGGAAGAGAAGGAGCUGCUUACACGGCUCAGGUGGAUAAAGCAAUACUUCCUCCUGGCCCAGGGCGAUUUCUUUGUGCACCUGAUGGAGCUGACAGAAGAGGAACUGAAGCGACCCGUAGACGACAUCAUUCCCACGCGGCUCGAGGCACUGUUGGAGCUAGCGCUGCGCAUGAGCACAGCCAACACGGACCCCUAUAAAGAUGACCUUAAGAUUGAGCUGAUGCCGCACGACCUCAUCACGCAGCUGCUACGUGUGUUGGCUAUUGAGACGCAGCAGGAAAAGGCGCUCAUCGCUGUCGAUCCCACAGAGAUCUCACUCAGUGGGCUGGAGGCAUUUUCUUUCGACUACACUGUCAAGUGGCCGCUCUCGCUCAUCAUUAACAGAAAAGCCUUGACAAGGUAUCAGAUGCUCUUCCGACACCUUUUCUACUGCAAGCAUGUGGAGCGGCAACUGUGCAACGUGUGGAUCAGUAGCAAAUCGGCCAAGCAGCACUCCCUGAGCUCCGCAAAGUGGUCUGCACCUGCCUUCACUCUUCGUCAGCGUAUGCUCAACUUUGUACAAAAUUUCCAGUACUACAUGAUGUUUGAGGUCUUAGAGCCCAACUGGCACUUAAUGGAAACCAAACUGAAAUCGGCAUCCAACAUCGAUGAUGUUCUGUUCAACCACACAAACUUCCUGGACAACUGCCUCAAGGACUGCAUGCUAACAAACCCUGAACUACUCAAGAUCCUAUCCAAGCUCAUGUCCGUUUGUGUCAUGUUCACCAACUGCAUGCAGCGCUUCACGCACAGCAUGACGCUCGAAGCAGAGAUGGAGCGCAUCUCUCUUGAGCAUGGCACCAUGAAGGGACCUCCCACACAGAGUGAGCGUGAUCGGGAGGCUGAGAAGAAAAGACUCACUUCCAAGUACCUUGCCGAGCAUGCAGAUGCCAUGCAGAAAAGUGAGGGCUUUGAGGCAGCCAUUGCCAAGUUCGAUUCCAACUUCUCAUCACACCUGCUUGACCUGCUCGAUAAGAUUAGCGUGCACAGCACCAACGACUGCGAACACAGCAUGAUCAACAUCAUAUACAGGUUGGACUUCAAUGGGUUUUAUGCAGAACGGCUGGCGCGCCUGUCGAUGGGCCGUAACCAAACGGAACGUGGUGCUACCCAAGCUCUUCAGACUGUGGGAUAAAUGCUUGUGCAUCGGUUAAUAUAUCCGAAAUAUAGUAUUUUUAAAUUGUAAAAAAUGUGUUCAUAUCUUUUCCUGUAACAUUAAACUCGCUGAUUCUGGAUGUGUUGUUUAAAAGCACUAUAGUUGCCUUCUAACACGAUUGAACAUUAAAAACAAUCACGUUAAACUUGUUUUUACUUAUUAACAUGAAUGAUGAAGAAAUGUAUAAUUAUUUACAACCAUGUUUAACGGUCACUUAUAAAGAAACUUAACUUUUUCCAUUUACUGCAAUUAAGAAAAAUGGGUAUAUUUUUCCUGUUGAGUCAUCUCCAUGCACUGAGACAUGUGUAUAGGUGUAUUAUAUAUUUAAUGGGACCAUUCAACAUUUCCUUGCAAAAAAGUUGGUCUCGAUAUCACUCUGCAUUACAUUUUGCAUUACAUUUAAAAAAUAAAUGUUCUGAUUAAUGUACUUGCCUUCAUUUGCAUUUCAUUUGACAUAUAUAAUGACCGGUAAAUGUUUGCAAUGUCAUUUAAUACAUGGAUUCAUUAGUUUCUAUGCAUGCACAUUGUGAUUGCAGAAUGUGUUUAUUGAUGUAGCUUGUGUUUUCCUGGAAACUACUUAUGGCAAUGCACUUUUAAUGUUCAACCAUGUAAUAUAUACAUUGUUUAUAUGCAGUUGCGCUAAAUUGAUUCCUACUCUGUAUUUAAAUUUGUGAUGUGUGCGAUUACAUUUUCAAUGAAUUUUGU